UGUAGCCUGGCUGGGCGAUCUCUGAGAUUCCCUACCCACCCAGCCGAGAGGAGGAGGAGGACAGCAGCAGCAGCCGCCCCCCGCCGCAACAUCAUCCACCGGGCUGGGGUCUGUAGUUAACCUAGCUAGGUUGGUUAUUUAAAUGUCAAAAAAGCUGAAUUUGCCAGUAUGUUGUAGGAGAAAUGAUUGCGCCACGUCGUGGUGAUGGGGGCAGCUACUCCAGCAUAAUCCAGUGUAUGUAAGCUAUUUAUUACCAUAUUAUUUAUUUAUUUUCUUUUUUUUAUCCUCCAUUGAUUUUUUUCGCCCAGUAAUGGCUGGGCUCCCGGGCUGCGGCGGCUCAGCAGCAGGUGCAUCGCGGGCGGUGAUGUGAUGGAUUCCGGCCGAGUGGGAACGGGAGCGCCGGUGACUAGUCCAGCCUCACCCGAUACGGACCUAACGGAGGAUUAGCUGGGUGUGAAGAAGGGGAAAGAUCGGGAUUUUAAGGCCGUGCUGUGGCGCAGGGAGUGGGGGGGGAGAAAGGAGAGAGGCUAGCUUAGCUCUCGGCUCCUCUCCCAUCAUCAUCACAUUCACAUCUACCUAACGUUCAGCCAACUAACUAGCUAACCCAGCUACCGCUUGUCUGAAUGAGGCUGCUGGGCACCCCUGGAGACACGUGGGGGCACGUCCAACUGAUGACACCCCUUUAAAAUAUCUCUAGCUAACUACACAGUGAGCUAACCAGCUAGCUCCUGAAACCAAGCCCCCCUGUUUUAUUUGGAUGACUCAGAGAACCGCUAGUUAGCUCCCACAGCGCCUCCAUUACUUUGGCCAGCAUUUUCUUUUUGUGAUUUUCGGUGGAAAUCUCCACCACCGCACCUCCAGGCGAGAUGAUGGAGCUCCAGCUGGACGAGGUCGUCUACCAGGACGACUACGGCUCAGUGUCCGUCAUGUCCGAGCGCGUCUCGGGCCUGGCCAACAGCAUCUACCGCGAGUUCGAGCGACUCAUCCGGAGCUACGACGAGGAGGUGGUGAAGGAGCUCAUGCCGCUGGUGGUCAACGUGCUGGAGAACCUGGACGCCGUGCUCACUGAGAACCAGGAGCACGAGGUGGAGCUCGAGCUGCUCAAGGAGGACAACGAGCAGCUCAUCACGCAGUACGAGCGCGAGAAGGCGCUACGCAAGCAGGCCGAGGAGAAAUUUAUAGAAUUUGAAGAUGCGUUGGAGGCGGAGAAAAAGGACCUCCAGUCACAGGUGGACUUUCUAGAACUGCAGGGAAAACAGCUGGAACUGAAGACCAAGAACUAUGCUGACCAGAUCUCUCGUUUGGAAGAACGUGAGGGAGAUAUGAAGAAGGAGUACAAUGCUCUUCACCAGCGACACACAGAGAUGAUUCAGACCUACGUGGAGCACAUUGAACGAUCCAAAAUGCAACAGGCCGGAAGCAACCAGUCAGAUACCACAGGCUGCGGACGGACUCAACGCAACACCUGGAGGAAAAGUAAAGUGGAGCGCCCCCCUUCGCUGAGUCUCUUUCCCACUGGGGAUGGUAUGGUACGUGGGGGUCCCGGGGGGGCUAGGACCGCCACGUCAGACGCCUGGCAUGCUAGUGAUCUGGGCCGAGCCGCCUACGCCCCUGGCUUCCAGGAGGAUGGCUCAGAGUCAGACUCCGUCGCGGCCACGCCCAGCAGCACCGGCAGCAACACACCCACAUCGUCUGUUCCCUCAGCAACCGCCACACCUCUCAACGAGUCUAUGCUGCCCUCUGGGGAGUUUGAAGUAUCCCGAGGCCGUGGGCGAAAGAACGCCAAGAGACUGAGCAGAAACAUGGAGGUGCAGGUCUCCCAGGAGACCAGAAACGUCAGCAUUGGUAUGGGGAGCAGUGAUGAGUGGUCAGAAUUUCAGGAGAUCAUUGAUUCCACACCCGAGUUAGACAUGUGCAUGGAUCCUCGUAUUUAUGGUGGGGGAAACAGUCCUUCUCAGGGCAUCGUGAAUGAAGCUUUUGGCAUCAACACAGACUCCCUCUAUCACGAGAUCAAAGACGCAAAGUGUGGCAUCAUCGGUGAUGUGGAUUCGGGGGCGGAGCUUCUUGGGGAAUUCUCAGUGCGGGAUGAUUUCUUUGGGAUGGGCAAAGAGGUGGAGAACCUGCUCACAGAGAACAAACAGCUGCUGGAGACCAAGAACGCUCUAAACAUUGUGAAGAACGACUUGAUCGCCAAAGUGGACGAGUUGUCAGGAGAACAGGAGGUUCUGAGGGAAGAGCUGGAGGCCGUCAAACAGUCCAAAAACAAAGUGGACUCCAGAGUGAAGGAGCUGGAGGAAGAGCUGAAGAGGCUGAGAGCUGAGGCUCUGGGAGCAUCUCAGGACUCCAAAGAUGAAGGAGGAGAAGAUUAUUCGUCUACGCUGCAGGACGAUGUGGCCAUGACUCAGCGCCGCAGGUUCACACGAGUGGAGAUGGCACGGGUGCUGAUGGAGCGCAACCAGUACAAAGAGAGACUGAUGGAGCUGCAGGAAGCCGUCCGCUGGACUGAGAUGAUUCGAGCUUCCAGGGAGAGUCCUCAAAUGCAAGAGAAGAAGAAAUCAACCAUCUGGCAAUUCUUUGCUCGUCUCUUCAGUUCUUCAGCCAGUCCUCCUCCGGUCAAGAGGCCCUACACCAGUGUCAAUAUUCAUUACAAAGCACCUGCAGGCUUUAACCAGAGACGCUCACACACCAUGUGCCAGAUCUCCACCUCCAACCGCACACUCGAGUUCUUUCCUGAAGAACUGCCCAGUAAUGGUGUUGCGUCUCUCCUCAGCGACACGGCGCUGUCGGCCCGCCGGGAGCAGCGUCGUGAGCAGUACCGGCAGGUCCGUGAGCACAUGCGCCGGGACGACGGCCUCAUGCAGGCCUGUGGCUGGAGUGUCCCGCCUCGCUUUAAACAGACGGCCUCCCAGGCGGACACCGCUCAGGACGCCGCAGCAAAGAGGCCGCAGGCCAAUGAGAAAGAGGACACCCGCAUGAAGAAUGUACCUGUGCCGGUCUACUGCCGCCCUCUAGUGGAGAAAGACCCCAACAGGAAGCUCUGGUGCGCUGCCGGAGUGGAUUUGACAGGCUGGAGGACGUCCAAUCAGGAGCCAGCUGUUAAGCUACCAGCCAAUGGGACUGAUCCUCUAACAGGAGAGGAGGAGGGAGGAGAGAAUAAGAGCGAGCACAGCUCACCAGAGAAGAAGAAGCCCAAGGAGCUGCAUGAGACAGACUCUAUGAGUAGUCGUGUGUGGAUUCUGACCAGCACUCAUUCAGCCAGUAAGGUGGUCAUUAUUGAUGCCAACCAGCCCGGCUCACUGGUGGACCAGUUUAAUGUGUGUAAUGCCCAUGUGCUCUGCAUCUCCAGUGUUCCAGCUGCCAGUGAAAGUGAUUACCCUGCAGGAGAGAUAUUUCUGGAGCAGCAGGGUGAUGGUGGCACUUCGGAGGACACCGGCCGAGUGGAGGGUAUGUUAGCGGGUAUCACACUGGUGGGUUGUGCCACCAACUGCAGUGUGGUCCGCAGCAACUGCUCCUCACGCACAGACACACCAGUGCUGGACAAAGGACAAGCACCCACAGCCCCUGUGUGUAGCCGACUGGCAGUCUCUCAGUCAGCAGAAGAAGCCACUGAAGCUAUGGAGGUAUCAGAGGAGACGGGACCCAGUGAAGGAGGAGAAAACUCUGCUCCAUCUGGACCUUUUACUGAGCACGUCUUUACUGAUAAUUCACACAGUGAGGGUGGUGCUCCAAAGGAACAAGUGACUUCAGCGCCACAGGACUCACAAGAGGGCGGAGACGAUCGUGCCGGCACCAGCGUCGCACCUACCAUGUGGCUGGGUGCACAGAAUGGCUGGCUGUACGUGCAUUCUGCAGUGGCAAACUGGAAAAAAUGCCUUCACUCCAUCAAGCUCAAAGACUCUGUACUCAGCCUAGUGCACGUUAAAGGAAGGGUUUUGGUGGCCCUGGCAGAUGGAACACUUGCCAUUUUCCACAGAGCUGAAGACGGUCUGUGGGACUUAACUAAUUAUCAUCUGAUGGACCUGGGUCGUCCCCACCACUCCAUUCGUUGUAUGGCGGUGGUCCAUGACAAGGUCUGGUGUGGCUACAAGAACAAGAUCCACGUCAUCCAGCCAAAGAGCAUGCAGAUUGAGAAAUCAUUUGAUGCCCACCCACGCAGGGAGAGCCAGGUCCGGCAGCUUGCAUGGAUUGGAGAUGGUGUGUGGGUGUCCAUUCGUUUGGACUCUACACUGCGACUGUACCACGCACUCACACACCAACACCUGCAGGACGUGGACAUCGAGCCCUACGUCAGCAAAAUGCUCGGUACAGGAAAGCUGGGCUUUUCAUUUGUUCGUAUUACAGCCCUGCUGAUUGGAGGUAACAGGUUGUGGGUGGGAACCGGAAAUGGAGUGGUCAUCUCAAUCCCUCUAACUGAGACUGUAGUCCUGCACCGCGGCCAGCUCCUCGGACUGAGGGCGAACAAAGUGUCUCCCACGUCUGCGGGGGGUGUGAUCCACGUGUACGCUGACGACAGUAGCUCAGAGAAAGGAAACGGCAGCUUCAUCCCGUACUGCUCCAUGGCUCAGGCUCAGCUCUGCUUCCACGGACACCGGGAUGCAGUCAAAUUUUUUGUGUCAGUGCCAGGAAACGUAUUGGCUACACUAAAUGGAAGUGUGUUGGACAGUCCGUCUGAGUCUCAGGGGUCCUCAGCCCCAACAGAGACUCAGAGUGAAGCUCAGUGUGUUCAGAACGUGCUGGUGCUCAGCGGAGGGGAGGGUUACAUUGACUUCCGCAUAGGUGAUGGUGAAGAUGAUGAGACGGAGGAACCGGACAGUGAAGCCCCUCAGAUCAAACCUGCAUUGUCUAAAGCCGAGAGGAGCCAUAUCAUUGUUUGGCAGGUGUCCUAUGUCCCGGAGUAAUACGAUCAGACACCUUAUGCCUGCAUUCCCCUUAACUCUGCCCCGAAUUCUCUGUAUGAAACCUUGUCUAUUCCUAACUAUGCCCCACUGCCCCCGCCCCUCAAAAAUUCUGAACCUAAGCUCUGUAACUACCCCCAAUUCUCCCCCACCCACUCAAAAGGCCUGUAUUUACCCGAAUUUCCUAAAUUGUAACUAUUCCCUGUAUGUUCACUCAUUUUCCCCUGUGACUGCCCUUCCCCCUCUUCAAAACCAACACACACACACACACACAUACACACACAAACACAUACGCAAGGUACAGCUCAAGACUCUUCUUGCAUCUUACAGCGGAAUGGCAGUUAUUAUAACCAACCUAGAUAAAAGCAUCCUGUCCAAUUAUUACCUUCUCCCAAAAAUGACCCAGUAUUUUUGACAAAUACUUAAAAACACCUUACAGCUUUUAUUCUUAACUUUCCAACAGCUCACAGCUCACUAAUCACCAAGACAACAGGCAGCUGAUUGGAUAAGGACUAAAGACCAGGGGUCUGUGAUUGGUUGGAGGGAGACAAGACAGGUUUGUCUGAAUUUAGUAGCUUGUUUAUAAGAAUACAUAAGAAGAAGAACUGAAGAAGAAAAAAUGAAGAGUAAAGGAAAGGUGAGAAACGUGUACAAAGAUGUAAAUAUUGAAGUUACAUACAGUAAGUAAGUAUGCCUUAGGAGUGUGACUGUGAGGGAGGACAGAUGACCGAUGAGACAAUGGACAGCUAAUGACCUAAAAUGAUAACAUAAUGUUUUUUGAAUAAGAAAGCACAUAGUUGGGAACCCCAUUCAAAUGCUUUUAAGGCUUUUAAGGUUUUUGUCAGCGAAGCAGUAAGAUCAAAGUAAAGGAUAUAUCGUUUAAAAAGCAUAAAUCAUACAAAAAGUCAUAUAUAACUAUGUAAUAACCGUGAGCUGUGAGCUGCCUGGGUCGCAGGCUCAUCGAGGGCUAUGAUUGGCUGCCCAUCUGACUGACAGUUGAUGAACACCCCUCCAAAUCGCUAUGUAUGUAACUCACCACUAUCUGUUCUCUUAUGUGUGGUUAAAUAUUAAAUAUUAAAAAUAAACGUGCUCUGGAAAGAUGGA